CCAUGAAGAUAACUUCAUAAGUAGGUAAAUGUGAAUGAUUAGCAAAGAGCCGUGUAAAGCAAACUGUAUUGCUCUUGGUAAGCCGUCUCUGUUUCUCAGUGGGCUGGAAACCACACCAUCGCUUCCUCUUUAUCUUUGUAGUGCGAGCGCAACAUCUGUCACUCGGCGUCUGAGCAACUUCAGUGACACCACCAGGAAAGGUCUCUGCUGGUCCAAAUGGCACGCUUCCCACGGGUGGCAUCUUUUUUUCUCUUUCUGACUAAGCUCAGCACUGCCCAGAGAGAAGUAACAGUUCAGAAAGGACCGCUGUUCAGAGCUGAAGGUUACCCCAUUAGCAUCGGCUGCAACGUAACUGGCUACCGGAGACCUUCUGAGCAGCAUUUCCAGUGGUCUGUUUACCUGCCGACAGCCCCGACCCAAGAAAUCCAGAUCAUUAGCACCAAGGAUGCCACCUUCUCUUAUGCAGUGUAUGCACAGCGGGUGCAAAGUAAGGAAAUCUACGUGGAGAAGGUCCAGGGUAACUCAGUCUUUUUGCACAUCGCCAAGCUCCAGAUGAAGGAUUCCGGCGAGUAUGAGUGUCACACACCCAACACUGAUGGAAAAUACUAUGGGAGUUACAGUGCAAAGACGAAUCUAAUUGUCAUUCCAGAUACCCUCUCUGCUGCCAUGACUUCCCAGACUCUCAGUAAGGAGGAAGGUGAGCCAUUGGAACUUACCUGUGAGUCAUCCAAAGCCACAGCUCAACAUACUCACCUCUCUGUCACCUGGUACCUGAUGCAAGAUGGAGAAAGAAGCCAAGCCAGCAAGAUUAUUUCCCUCUCCAAAGAUUUUAUGCUGCUCCCUGGGCCCUUGUAUACAGAGAGGUUUGCAGCUGGUGACGUGCGGCUCGACAAGCUUGGGGUCACUACCUUCAGGCUGUCCAUAGGGAGACUUCGGCCCUCAGAUCAGGGUCAGCUGUUCUGUGAGGCAACUGAAUGGAUUCAGGAUCCGGAUGAAACCUGGACUUCCAUCACGAAAAAGCAGACAGAUCAAACAACUCUGAGGGUCCAUCCAGCAGUGAGAGAUUUUCAAGUCAACAUCACGGCUGAGAGCACGGUUCCUGAAGGAAAACCCUUAGAACUGGUUUGCCUGGUCAUGGGCGGUGGCCGGGACCCACAGCUUCAUGGCACUUGGUUCUUCAAUGAUAUUGAAAUGGCCCACAUUGAUGCUGGUGGAGUUCUGGGUCUGAAGAAAAACUAUCAAGAAAGAGCAAGUCAAGGACAGCUCCAGGUUUCAAAGUUAAGCCCCAAGUCUUUCUCUCUCAAGAUCUUCUCUGUGGGGCCAAGGGAUGAAGGUGCCUACAGAUGUGCCGUGGCAGAGGUGACAAGAGCUCAGAUGGGCUCCUGGCAGGUGCUCCAGAAAAAACAGUCACCAGACAGCUACGUGCACCUGAGGAAGCCAGCAGCAAGAUAUGUGGUCAUGUCUACCAAGAACAGGAAGCAAGCAGUGUGGGAAGGAGAGGCGUUAACCCUUCUCUGCAAGGUAGGUGGAGCUAAAAGUCUCCUGUCCGUGACGUGGUGGCACAUCCCACAAGACCAGACAGAGCCGGAGUUUGUGGCUGGAAUGGGGCAGGACGGCACCAUGCAGCUGGGUGCCUUCUACGGGCAACUCGAUAAGCACAGCAACACAAGGCUGGAGAAGACGGACUGGGACACCUUCCAGCUGGAGAUCACCUCCACCACCAUCACAGACAGCGGCACGUAUGAGUGCAGGGUGUCUGAGAUGCCCCGGAGCAAGACCAGAGAUCAGAGCUGGGCUCAGAUGUCAGUCACUGUAAAACCUCUGAAGUCAAGUUUACAUGUUAGUCUGAUGAGCCGUCAACCACAAGUGAAAUUAACCAACACCUUUGACCUGUCCUGCAUAGUGAGUGUUCGCUACUCUGACCUCAAGGUUCUACUCACCGUGACAUGGCAGUUCCAGGCAGCUAGAUCUCGAGCCUUUGAUCUGCUUCUUCGAAUCACCCAUAAUGGCACUAUUGAAUGGGGGAACUUCCUACCCCAGUUCCAAAAGAAGACAAAGGUUUCACAGUCUUUAUUUCGUUCUCAACUCCUAAUCCAUGAUGCCACCGAGGAAGAAGCAGGAGUUUAUCAGUGUAAUGUAGAAGUUUAUGACAGAAGUUCCCUACACACAAACGGCCCCGUGAGGGCUUCUGCCAUCUCUCACCCAUUGAGGAUCACUGUCACUUUACCAGAGAGCAAGCUGAAAGUGAAUUCAAGUAGUCAAGUCCAAGAGAUCUCCAUCAACUCCAACACAGACAUAGAGUGUAACAUCCUGUGCCAAUCCACUGGAAACCUUCGGUUGGCUGUUACUUGGUACUUCUCUGCCACGUCCACUAAUGCACCCUGGCUGAGGAUCCUGGAAAUGGACCGAACCCACGUAGUAAAAUACGGGGAUGAAUUUCAGGCCACAUGGAGAAAACAAAAAUUCCACGCCGAGAAAGUUUCCCAAGACUUGUUUCAGCUACACAUUCUGAACGUGGAAGACAGCGAUCAGGGCAAAUAUCGCUGCACUGUGGAGGAAUGGCUCUGGUCUACAAAUGGCACUUGGCACAAGCUUGGAGAAAAGACGUCAGGUCUCACAGAAUUGAAACUCAGGCCCACAGGAAGUAAGGUACGCAUUUCCAAAGUGUCCGGGACAAAAAAUGCCUCCGAGCACAGCGAGGUGGCCAUCCGCUGCAGCCUGGAGAGUGCGGGCAGCCCAGCCUCCCUGUUCUCUGUGAUGUGGUACUGGAACAGAGAAAAUUCUGGAAGUAAAAUGCUGGUGCACCUGCAGCAUGACGGCUCGCUGGAGUAUGGCGAAGAGGGGCUCAGGAGGCGCCUGCACUGUUACCGUUCAUCCCCUGCAGACUUUGUCCUGAUGAUACAUCGAGUGGAGAUGGAGGAUGCUGGAAUGUACUGGUGCAGGGUGGCAGAGUGGCAGCUACACGGUAACCCAAGCAAGUGGGUCAGCCAAGCAUCAGACGAGUCACAGCGUGUGGUGCUCACGGUGCUGCCUUCAGAGCCCACGUUUCCUUCCAGGAUCUGCUCGUCAGCACCUUUACUCUAUUUCCUCUUCAUCUGCCCCUUCCUUAUGCUCAUCCUUCUGUUCAUUUCCCUCCUCUGCCUGUACUGCAAGGCCAGGAAGUUGUCAACUCUGAGCCUAAGCAUACAGAAAGAAAAGGCCCUCUGGGUGGACCUGAAAAGGGCUGGAAGCAGGACCACACACAGAUUGGAAGAGGACGGUGAAGACAGUUGAAUCCCGAGAGGCGCCUGCAGCCCUGUGGAAAGAGUGCGGACUUUGAAACUGGACUGACCAGGAGAGGAGUGCCCCCUGCCUCUGUCCUCCUCUGAGUCUGCGGCCUGGGGCGAGGUACCUAGGACUCAGAGGGAACAUUUAUUGAGCGCGUAUGUGGUGCCAGAAACCGUUAAGUGUUUCUUCACGUGUCACCUCAUCUACCCAUCGCAUCCCCCACAGGAGCUAGGUGACUCUGUUACACCGUCUUCCGCUUGCCACACCUCACGGGGCUUAGGUUCUGCGUCCAUAGAUCUGUAAGGAGAGGAGUGCCUCCCUCACGCAGCUGCUGGGGAUUAAAUGAGAUCCCACGGCAGAGCCCAGGGCGAUGCUUCCCUCUCUUAUGUCACUGAUUCCCUGGACAACACUCAGUGGUCCUGCCACACUGGCUCCGGUAAUCUUUUGCCUCCAGAUAAGACACGUAGGAAAGGACCUGAUGCCAGCAAGGAAAAGGGGUUGGGACUAUGCCCUUCAUUCACAUCAAAUCUGCCUCCCAAUCAGACUGUGGCUUCCUUCAAGGCAGAAAUCCCAUUUUCUCCUCCACUCCAUCCCCAUCCCGUCUAUAAACACCACUGACGAGCAAGCUCUGCACAGUAGGUGCUUCAUCAGUAUUGGUUCUUUAGUGAAAGGAUAAGGUAUUUUGUAGCCUGACUUUCUUUCCUUUUUUGUUUCUUUCUUUUCUCCAUAAGACUUAUUAAGUCACUGCUAAGGAAAAACUUUUUUUUUUUUUUUUGCGGUAUGCGGGCCUCUCACUGUUGUGGCCUCUCCCGUUGCGGAGCACAGGCUCCGGACGCACAGGCUCAGCGGCCGUGGCUCACGGGCCCAGCCGCUCCGCGGCAUGUGGGAUCUUCCCGGACCGGGGCAUGAACCCAUGUCCCCUGCAUCGGCAGGCGGACUCUCAACCACUGCACCACCAGGGAAGCCCAGGAAAAACUUUUUUUAAAAAUUUUGCAACAGUGCUCCAGUCAGCUCCCCAAGGCCUCAUAUCUCCCUUUCCUCCCCACACCCAAAGUUCCAUCUGGCUCCUGGCUCUUCUUAGCCCAGGCCUUAUUUUCCUUGACCUGACAGCACCGGGUAGCAGGAAAGGUGGCUGUGUCAGUUAUCUGAGGGCAGAGGAGUUAACAGUGCCUCUGUCCUGUCCUGCUCCGGCAGGGGCUAGGAGUUCAGGGGGAAUAGUAAUCUCAGCAUCCUCUAUUCUCAGCCAGGAAAAGUCAGGAGGAGGGGGAUGGGGAGUGUCAUGGCCGAAGGCUUCCAACCACUGUCCCCUAGGAGAUAACAACUGUCCCCACUGGGCCUGGGGUCCCCUCACCUUUGUUUCAAAAGCAGCUUAGGCCCUGUUGUAGCCAGAAUUGGAAAUCAAUCAGUGCCACCUAACAGACUUGAGAAAACACAUCUAUUUAUUAUCUAUGUGACCAACAGGGUUGCUUUAACGCUCAUUAAUUUGCAUUUCCAAGGCUAGCAAUUUAUUUUUAAUUAUUUUAUCAGGCACACACGUCCUCUCCAAACAUAAUUAGUUCCUUUGCAAGGGGAUUUUUGGUGGCUAUGAGGACUCCCACCGCAGGCCUAUGGGUUCCUUGAUUUCAUCUCCCUUUGUAGCCUCAUUUGAAAUACUCCAAAUGUUUUUUUAAACAGGUCAGAGCAUUUAUUUCUUCUCUCUCAGGUAAGGGAGCAAAUUUUUCCAAAAGCAAAGCUAAUGUUAAGAUUUCUUAACAUUGAAGUGUGAUGCUCCCCCCACCCCUGCCGCUAUUUCCAGAAACCCGUAUUUUAAUUGAAUAUUGAAAGGAAAGAGAAUGGGAUUGAGCCCCAUCAGAGAAUCGGAAUAGAUCCUGGUGCUGCCCCCAUUUCAGGUACUCUUACCCCCAACCACUGUUCUCCCUCCUUGCCUGGAUACUGCCUUUCAGCUCUGAGCUCAAACACCAGUUUGUCACAUUUGAAUUCAGCACAGAGACUGCACAGACCAGACACUCAAAUAUCCGACUGCCCCACCCAGAGCAGAGCAUGGGAAUGAUUACUGCCCAGUGAGCACCUCCUGGGUGUCGAGCACUGGGGUAGGUGCGUGGGAUCCAGUGGUGACUCAAGCAAACUCCACCCUGCUCCCCUGGGACUAUCACCUAGUUUUUUCUGGAUGUUCUGUUUUCAUUAAUGGGAACUAGAUAGAACACGUUGGAUUUUCUAGGAAGUCACACCACACCAUUUGGCUUAUAGUAGUUUUCAGGUAACUGAAACCCCAACGUCUUCUUUCUACCUUUCUGAACUUCUUUGGAAUAAAAUUUGUUUUCAUCCAAUUCAGCAAGCAUUUUUUACGUGAAACCUCUUCUCUCUCCAGUUAUGCCCUUGGUCAUUUUAGUUUUUCAGUCUUAACAGAGAAGUUUACUUUUACUCAUUGAUUUCAGCUUUUCUAUUCUAUGUCACCACCUGGUUUUACUUUCAGCUUCUUGUGUUAGUAAAUCCUCCCUGGCAACAGGACAAACCUCUGUCUCAGGAGUUGGCUACCUGUAGCCCACAGGCCAAAUGUGGCCCACUACCUGUUUUUUAAAAUGCAAUUUGUUGGAACACAGGCACUCCCGUUUGUCUAGAUAUUAUCUAUGGCUACUGUCAUGAUAUAAUGGCUGAGUUGAGUAGUUGGCACGAUAGACUCUAUGACCUGCAAAACCUAAAAUGUUUACUAUCUGGCCCUUCAUGGAAAAAGUUUGCCACUCCCUGCUCUCUUUCAGUGGCUAAUGUUCUGUCAGUUUUAGCCAUGAAUUACGUUCCUGGGAAACUUGAUUUGAGGUGUUAUAUCUGUAUCUGUUGUAUAUCUGACGACUUUAAUAAAUGAUCUUAGGCCCUCCGGA